AUGGAAAUGGCCAUCGUUCCUCAGCGUUCCACGGAUGUUGCACUCAUUGUCUGCGACAGGGCCGCCAAGAAAAGCGGUAUCAAAGCCCUGUUAGACCGAGUUGCACCUUCCCCGCCGUCUACAUGUUUUGUUUUCACCAACAUCGGCCUACUUUCUCCUGGUUGUCCAUCGGACCGCGCGACCAAAGUCUUCCGGCUGAAAGCCGUAAAAGAAUACACUCUAGGAGUCGACUGUUUCCCAGUGGAUCUGACUACCAACGAAGGCAUCAACGAUCUGGUGAACUACAUCGCCGGGUGCAAGGGCGACACGAUCCGGCGACCUCAUUUUUCCUUCAGAGAUUUGAUGAUCGACUGGAUCUCGUCUAUCUUUGCAUUGCCCGUCAGACAGAUCGAUAAUGAGGUCGAUGCAUUGCUCAAAUCAGAUCCUGCUCGCUUGAAAAACACAGACCUCGACGUUCAAUGGGCGGAGGACCUCAAGCGGAGGUUUCAUCUGUCACCUUCGACUUCCAUGACGGUUUGGCGCGUCUCCCCGUCCCUUGUCAUGAAGAAGUUUGAUCGCUUCGAAAUCACCGCGAUGGACUUUGUUCGACAUGGAACGACCCUUCCGGUCACUCGAGUACGGUCUUCCAACGACAGGCGCUGGAUGUUCACCGAGUACAUCGACGGCGAGACGCUGCUCGACUGCUGGGACAACCUCAGCAUCAUCCGUCGCUUCCGCGUGGCGUGCACUCUGCGCCUCUACCUCAAGCAGCUCCGCUCCCUGCCGCGACCUCCAGGACUCACAGUCGGCGAGCUUCAAACCGGAUACACCUCCAGCUUCGUCUUCGGCGACGCCUUGUACGCGCCGUUCCCGUCCCUCGGCCAUUUCCGCCGCUUCUGCAACUACGCCGCCUCCUUCGGCUGGGUGCUCAGGAUGGACGAGUUCCGGAGAUCCCAUCCGGGCGUGCCCCUCCCUUCGCCCCCUCGUCCCAGCAUUGACUGGACUCCGGUGUUCACCCACGGCGACCUUCACCGGUCCAACAUCAUAUUGGACCGCCAAGGAACGGUAUGGAUCAUCGACUGGGCGGAGGCUGGAUUCUUCCCGCGUUGCUUCGAGACUCUGGUAAUGCCGUGGGUCGAGAGCUCCUUACAGAUCCCUACCUCGCGGGUCCGCUUCGGUUAUUGCUGGGGCAUGGCGGGGCUGAUGGAGGGGUUCACCAUAGAUUGGGUGCCGGUCCUACCCAUAUAA